UAGACAAACAUUAAUUGGUUAUAUCUAAUCUUUCAUAUGCAUUGCAUAGGCAUCAAUAAAAUGAAAAGAAAAAGGAAAAUGAAAAACCAAAAAGGGAAGAAAAUGCUGAUUUUACCAGAAACUUGGGAAGACAACCGGUAGGAGAGGGCGAUGGGUACAAUAUUCAUUCAUUGACCCAACAAGAAGACCAGGAGACUUCGAUUCCUCUGCCGAUUUCUUUCAUCAAUUCUUCAUUUUCCCUCAUUUUAUUUGCAAAUUUUGUUUAUUUCAUCAGUUUAUUAACUACUUUACAUAUUCUCAACGCAUCACACGUCUCAGUUGAUCAGUUUAAACCCCUCCGGCGGCUCCCAGAUCAGUUCUUCAACAAAUUCAAGACUUUACUUUUGUGGUUUAGUAAAAUUGGGCUCUGAUAAGUUUGUGAAAACUGAAGUGAAGAUCCUCGUAGUAGUUAUUAUACAAAUGUCUGAAGCCAAAGAUGAUGAGGUAGAGAUCAAGUUUAGAUUGGCAGAUGGAUCAGACAUAGGGCCUAAAUGUUUUCCUGCAGCUACUAGUGUUGAAGUGUUGAAAGAGAGCUUACUUGCCCAGUGGCCUGAAGAGAAGGAAAAUGGUCCAAGAACAGCAAAAGAUGUUAAAUUAAUCAGCGCUGGAAGGAUAUUAGAGAACAACAGGACAUUGGGGGAGUGCAGGAGCCCGUUAUGUGAUGUUCCAGGAGGAGUCACAACCAUGCAUGUUGUUAUUCAUUUCCCGCUUCAGGAGAAAGAAAAGAAGGCAUCAAAUGACCCGGCACAGAAUAGAUGUCUGUGUGUAAUAUUAUGAAUAGCUCUUUCCACAAUGGAAACACCAUUCAUUGAAGAUAAAAGCAAGCAAGCAAACAGGGAAUUUGAAUUGAGAAACAGUGUGAUGCAGUUGAUGGAAUUAGUUGCUACUACCUCACCACUUUAACGUUUGUUUGUUUUUUGGUCAUUUUUUCACAUGUUUUUGAAAAAGUUGUAAUGUGUGUGAAUUUUUACAGGCUUAACUGCCUCAGUCAGUCAGUCUAAGUGUAUAUAUCUGAAUUCAUACUUUUGUCAUUGUAACUACUGUGACAGCCCAUUAUAAUGUAUAUCAUGUAAGUUUUUGAGUAAGUUUUUGAAUGAAAUAAAUUUUAAGCCCCCCA